GGUUCGCUACAAUUCUGGACUUGCCCAAGUCGAUCUGAGCUCAAAAUGUCGCUUACUGUGGCCGAGGCAGAACGCCGCUGGCAGAACGCAGAAAAAGAGAUCCAUCGGACAUUCAACGCAGAAGAUGUGGAUGAGUACGAUCAACAAGAAACUGCGGCACUGCUAGAAGUGGUACGGCCCCUGGAGCCGGUGAACGCCCAUGUUGUGACGACCGAGAGGAAAGAUUGGCAAGACUACGUGGCGGACGACUACAACCGAUGCUUUGCGGAUGCUUCUAUAUUGUAUCGCCGGGGCGUGGAAGUUGAUCCUUGCACUCAAUGCUCGGUCUCAGCCACAUUUCGACGCUGUGUCAUCGCGCCACCAUUUCGAGGACGUGCAUUGUUUGCUGCUGCGUGUGCGAAUUGUAUCAUAGACGGCAUAGGUGAACAUUGCUGUUACUACAAGGCGUUCAAAUCUCAGAAUGGCAUAGAGUGGGGCGCACCUGUCUCGGAGGAAGUUCGAGGGUAUGGCGGCCUGCGUGAAGCAAUCCAAGCUACUGGACACGACGGUCUUUGGUUUGCUCACGAAGAUGCUGAGGCGGCAAACCUUCGACUAGCUGAUGCAUCUCUGCAAUCCGGCCAGGAUCGUGUCGUGCCAGACGAAGCGCAGAGUACCAUGGCUAUCGUGUCCUCGAAUGAUAAUUCUGCACCAUGGGCUAUUGCUAGCGAGCAAUGGAAUGAUCUAUCUGCGCUAAAGAAGAUCCGCACUGACUUGAAGCAACAUGUUCGGGCCGUUAAGAAUCGGAUUCGACAGCUCAGAUCUCUUCAAGCAUCGAAGCGGACCGACAUUUCCGAUCACCCAUCCGGUGCCAUCUAGAUGAAUCGUGCGGUGGAACAAAAGGCGCGACGUACGCGAGGACAUUG